CAUCACAAGUAACAUGGACGUCGACGACAUAAAUGUGGUCCAACAUUGGCUCCUGCUUUUCGGAACGUCACAUGAAUUUCCCUGGACUGCCACCAGGUCUGCAGAGAUAGAAUCCCGACGCGCGCAGAUGGCCGAUGUCCUGAUUUUUGAUGUUCUGCUCAUACGCGGUGGCAUUCGUCAACCCGACAUGCUUUACCCGCCUACAGACCUACAUUCGCUCCGUAGACUACUGGAUGUCAUUAAUGGCUCGACUUAUGACAGCUUGAAGAAGGACUGUCUAGUAUAUAUCCUCUUGAAGUGGUUUCAAGAUGGGCGAGAGGCUAUUUAUGCGGAGGAGAGGUGUAUCCCGCCACAGUUUGUGUCCCUUGCAGAUGCAUAUUGGCAUCUGGACACUGGCAUCCAUGUUGAGAAAGCAGUUUCAAUACUGUCGGAUGCCAGACUCAAUAGGGACUAUGCCUCCAAAAUUAUGCAGGCGCUUUCGUUGUCCGAGAAUCCAUCCCCACUCAUCGUGAAAUACGUUCGGACCGCCAAGCCUCCGCUCAUGGAACCUGAUGACAUUGAUAUGUAUGCACUCGCACUGGCUAACUCAAGUCUUUGGGACGCGUGGCAGUUUCAACGUACUUUUCCCGAUUCUUCUGACACGCGUACACGUCUACUCAAUAAGCUUUUAGAGUGGUGUCUUUCACCCAAGCCACGCCCUGGACCGUUGGCACAGCUCGUGGCAUUCCCUCUAUCCCCUGUGGAACAGUCUCUGCUUCAUGCAUAUGCUCUUAAGCCCCCACAUGACAUUUCGGCAGCUUCUAUUGCUAUCGUACAAGACCUUGUCUGUGUCCGACUUGUCCAAAGUGGAGAAUAUUUGGCAGCCAUCAAACUAGACCGCCAGCUUUCUGCCGUAGGGUCCGCUGGUACAGAGGUUGUGAAAGCAGGGCGAGAGAGAAAGAAGAUGAUAGAUGACAUCUUCGGGAAUAUGACAUUUGUGGAAAGAAUGCUGGUAGAGGUCUUGCUUAACCAGCCGAGUGUGUUACCUCCUGCCCCAACCCCCCAGGUAGCGAAACCCGCGCCUCCGAAACCCAGAGCACCUCUAGGUGAUCUCAGUAUGUCAUGGGAGGAGAUUCCAUCCGCAAAUUCUCUGAAUGGGGCUUCCCCUAGUAGGACGGAUAGUCUUACGCCCCGAAUCCCUGAAAAGCAUGCCAAUUUCUCUAGUUCUGGUCGGUUUGAGCCAAAACCAUCACUCGCUGGGCCCGUUCCAGGGAGUCUCCUCUCCUCACCAUCCCAAAAGCCUCCCGCUGCAUCGCCAUUUGCUCAGCUUCCACUGCGCAAACCUGUUGCUGCGCCGCCUGUCCCGCUCGUGGGCCCAUCUGGAAUCAAGUUCGCGCAUAGCACCGCCUUAUCAAAGACUACGUACUCAUCCAACGUGCAAACUACGUCACUGUUUGAGAAAACUGGUAGUGCCAAACAGGCACCGAAUGCGUUCUACAAGCCUCCGGCAGCAUCGACUGGAACAGGUCAAGCACUUCCCACGGAAGAUGUGUCCGCACGGCCUCGUUCUCAUGGGGCAGAUGACAUUAGCAUGGAAUCUGAUGAUGACAAUGCUUUCAUCAUCCAUGAAGACGGUGACGUCAGUAGCAUGCCAGGUGACAUGGAUGAUGAGCCUGUGCUCGGCUUCUCCGUGUUCGGCAGCAAGAGCUCACCUGAGCAACGCACUCGUGGCCCCGCGUCUAAGCAGGUGGAAACCAAGAAACGUGCACCUCCAGGCGCAUUUUAUGAUGAGGACGAGGACGAAAGUGAGGCAGGUUCCCCUCACAAAAGCGCUUUUCCGCCACAACGCGGUGCCCGUCGGCCUCAGCCUCGCGCGCGUUCACCUAGUCCUCGACGCAAACCCGCCAGUUCCUACAAAGAUCAUAUCAAGGGCCCUAUUCUCGCACAGACCAUACCUGGCUCUUUACUUGAUGAUGAAGAGGACCAGGACGAAGAUGAGAUUGCUCCCUUGCCGCCAUUACGUACUGCUCGUAAAACCCGGACGGGCACCUCAAUCAAAAUCAAACCUGCGAAAGAAGAAAAGACGCCUGCCCGUCGGUCGUCCAGGCUGUCGACGGCUUCGUCAGUACCUUCCAUGUCACCAGAACCAUCACCGCCUCCUGUAAAGGCGACCAAACCUAGGAAAAGCACACGAACUUCGACGACGGGUCCCGGCGCGGCCGCUUCGACACGGAGUAGCUCGAGAAGAAAGACCGUCAAAAGUUGAAAUUGCCGUCUUGUGUUUGAGUGUAGUCGACUUCGAGCUUUCAGUAUUUCCAUACCCUUCGAUCGCUAUACUCAUCAUGUAUUGGUUAACUAACCCUGGGGUCGGCGAAGCAUUUUGCCCUGUGCAUGCAUUUGUCUGUUUGCGCGCUUAUUCCAGAGGAAAUCAUCGCGAAUUUAGUCUCACAUGCAAGGAAACUGAUGAUCCAUUUGGAGGUUACACUUAUCGGAGGCAUAAGGGAACAUAGCAUGAAGCUGCAAGUACGAUGUAGGGUCCAAGAGAUGAGAUUAACUGCCAAAACUAGGCCUCUGUCAACUGCGAUAUUUUGUUCCAUCGAUGUGGCUCGAUCACUGCAGGAUAUAAGAUACUUGCUCACUUCUACAAACAUGCCAGGUAUUCUGCAUCGGCAAGAGCAGCGGUUUCAAGCGAUCGAUUGCUCCAUGUUCCGGCGGUCAUCUCACC